AUGGAACAUGCAGGAUACCAUGCUUGGGACCCUCGAGGGUGGUCCACAAAAACAAAGCUUGCCACUGCAGCUGGCGCUGUCGCAAUCGUCGUCGCUGCUAUAGUGGGUGCCGUGCUCGGGGUGCGGGCCAAUCGAUACCCCGAUUAUAGCAAACUCGACUACAAGCUGGUGGACACUUUUUCUGGGUCUGAUUUCUUUAAUAACUUUUAUUACGCUACCUCUGAUCCGUCGGGCGGAUUUGUCGAAUAUGUUGAUAGAGCCGCAGCUGAAUGGUUAAAUUUGACUUACGCUUCGGAAACAUCAGCUAUUCUCAAGGCGGAUACAACAUACAGUGGACAAGAUGAGGUAGCCAAUGGGCGCCAGUCUGUUCGAAUCACGUCCAAUAAUACCUAUGCUGAUGGAUUAUUUAUCUUCGAUAUUUUACACACCCCUUACGCCUGCGGUUUAUGGCCAGCACUGUGGCUCACAGACCCAAGUAACUGGCCAGAACAUGGUGAGAUCGAUGUCAUAGAAUCUGUGAACAUGGGCAGAUGGGGCAAUCACGCAACUCUUCACACAUCUAGUGGUUGUAGUAUGGACGUCAAGCGGAAGGAAACGGGCUCACCGACCUACACGAACUGCUAUUGGGACGCUAAUUCCGAAUCAGGAUGUGGUGUGGUAGGGUCAAAGGCUACAUACGGCCCUGAAUUCAAUGCAGCAGGCGGUGGAGUGUAUGCUAUGGAGCUCCGUGAUGCCGGAAUUCGAGUCUGGCAUUGGAUUCGCGAUGAAAUUCCAUCUGAUAUUACCUCUGGCAGCCCCGAUCCUUCCGCAUGGGGUAAGGCAUACGCCGAUUUCCCAAGCACGAAUUGCGAUAUCGGAAAUCAUUUCAAGAACCACAGCAUCAUUGCCAACAUUGAUUUCUGUGGAGGUUGGGCGGAAGCGACGGAAUACUAUACCACACAGAGCGGCUGUCCAGACACAUGUGAAACCUUUGUGAUGGAUAACGCAUCGAAUUUUACGACGGCUUACUGGGAGUUCAAAAGUUUUAGGGUGUACCAAGCAAGCUAAAUAUUUUGUUUGGAUUCAAUCCCCGCCCGACUAUUGGACCUCUGUGAUUGCUUUGCGCACGUGAUCGCAUGUUUCGAGCAAUGCCCGGUGUCUCCACCCUCCACGUAGACUGACGCCAUAGAUAUUA